AUGAUGAUGCGUGGCAAUUGCACCAACGUGGCUUCACCAACAAUGUCUGAUUGAUAUAGGCAUAAACUGUUGCAGGUGACGCCGAGAUGGUUCCUAGCGGAGGUCGGAUGCCAACUGAAGCUGAGCUGCAGCAGUUUUUCCUUCCCUACCGUGGAUUCUGCGCUCGAAGAGGGAUUGCAGCAAAGGAAAUUAUCCUCCCCGACAUUGAUGUUCCCAGUGCACUACUUGAUUAUGUAGUUAAUAACUCCAUCAGCAACAUUGUGGUUGGUGCUUCCAGUCGCAAUGCGCUUACAAGAAAAUUCAAAACUCCUGAUGUGCCAUCUAGCUUGGUGAAAUCUGCACCACCAACCUGUUCUGUUUAUGUUAUAUCCAAGGAUAAACUUCAAACUGUUAAAGCCGCAACUAAGCGUCACAUAUUCCCUUCUACACCGUCUUGUAUCAAAGAUAAUCCCAAAAAGAGUUAUCCUAUUGGAAAUCAACCUAACAUCCAACCAAAGACUCCGGACUCUUUUGACAUGAACAGGAGUACAUAUAGCAUUGGCAGUUUGAGAAGUCAGAGCUCUGAUAGUACAAGCUCCGAGAAAAGUACUGAUGUUAGGCAGAUGAACUUCGACAGCUGGAGGGAAAAUAGGUCACCCUUGGUACGGCCAUUGGAAGCUUACGUAAUGGAGAAUUUAUCUAUUCAAAGUUCUUCAUCAGAUGCCACCGAUUUUUCCGGACAAUUAAGCUAUCCUUCGUCUUCUGAUAAUGUACAAGGAUACCCAGUGCCAGAGAAUUCCAUGGGUUCUUUCUCCUCACAUGCCUCUCGUGGCCUGGAAGCAGAAAUCGAAAAACUAAAACUUGAAUUUAAGCAGUCCUUAUCUACUUACAACAUGGCAUGCGAAGAAGUGUCUGCUGCAGAAGAAAAGGCUAAGGAGCUUCAGCGAAUGAAGACUGCAGAAGUUAUAAAGUUUACGGAACCGAAGCUUCGUAAGGAGGUUGCUUGGACUUCCCCAACUGUUGAGAAGCAGGAGACAUCAGUGGCAAAGGAAGUGACCCAAAUUAGAGAACGGCAACAGCUGGUGGAGGCCAAAAAGGGACACAAUGCGGAAGAUACAACAAAUGGUGAGUCAGGAAAGAGGAAGAGAGCAAUAAAUGCCUUGGCCCAGAAGAAUGUUUGGUACAGAAAGUACACGAUCGAAGAGAUUGAAGAGGCCACUGAUUACUUCUCGAAUUCUCUUAAGAUUGGUGAAGGAGGAUACGGACCUGUUUUUAAAGCCUGCCUUGAUCACACUCCUGUGGCCAUCAAAGUCUUGAGACCCGAUGUUUCCCAAGGACUGCAACAAUUCCAACAGGAGGUUGAGGUACUCAGCUGCAUGAGACAUCCAAACAUGGUUCUCCUUGUGGGUGCAUGCCCCGAGUAUGGAUGCCUUGUGUACGAAUACAUGGACAACGGUAGCUUAGAAGACCGAAUCUUCUGCAAAAACAACACUCCUCCGAUUUCUUGGAGAAGCCGUUUCAAGAUUGCAGCCGAAAUUGCUACAGGUCUUCUUUUCCUGCACCAGACAAAACCAGAACCCUUGGUGCACCGUGAUAUCAAGCCCUCGAAUAUCCUCUUGGAUCACCACUAUGUGAGCAAAAUCAGCGACGUGGGUUUGGCGCGGCUGGUACCGCCAUCAAUAGCCAAUAAAGUGACCGAGUACCAUAUGACGGCAGCAGCCGGAACAUUCUGUUAUAUUGACCCGGAGUAUCAACAAACAGGAAUGCUUGGCGUAAAAUCAGACGUGUAUUCUUUUGGCGUGAUGCUGCUGCAGAUUAUUACGGCGAGGCCUCCAAUGGGGCUGGCGAUGCAAGUUGAAGAUGCUAUUGAGGGAGGAACAUUUCCUCAAGUGCUCGAUCCAGCCAUAAACGAUUGGCCAGUGGAAGAAGCCUUAUCAUUGGCAAAGAUGGCCUUAAGAUGCUGUGAGCUGAGGAGAAGGGAUAGGCCAGAUCUCGGUUCAGAGGUACUACCAGAGCUGAACCGGCUGAAGGACUUCGGGUUGGAUGACGAAGCUACUAUCGAGAAGACUCUGUUGUAUAACCCACGUCCGUAUAGUUCAGUGCCUGAGAUGGAAUCAAAAGCCCCUCAGAUCAAUGUGAGAGGAAGGUGGGGGCGCUUUAAGUCAAAGGCCGAGGCAUGGAGUCUGAAGAAUAGCUUUAGGAAACCGAGACCCCUCCUGCCUAGCAGAAAGCAAGCGGACAAUCCAGGGAAGAUGCCAGUCGAAGGUUGCUGGUCAUUCGUGAAUUGUUCCACACCCAGUCCUCAGAUGAAGAGAUUCAUGUCAUUCUCCUAAUAACAGUUUUUGAAUGAUACUAAAGGCGCAGAAAUUCCUAGUAUCUAUUGACUUGUAAGUUACGUGGAUAACUAGCCAUGAGUUCACCAUGACCUGUUGUCGGUCCUGUAUAACGAGUGCCUCAACGCCUUCUUAAAUGUCAACUUGAAACGAACUGAUCUCGAGGUACCUCUCAUUAGUCAAGAGAAAUGGCCAUGAAGGAGCUUUAACCUUCGCGGCAUUUAUCA